GCAAGGCAAAAGGAUAUGAGGGGCGUGGGAGUGAAAUUGUGCAGUGCCCCCACUCUCCCAAUCUCUCAUUGUUCCCUCACACUUUCUCUCUCCUCCUAUCCUAGACCCACAUUCCUCAGUUUCCCAUUUUGCCCCCCACCUCAUUCUUCCUCUCUGUCACUGAACUCAGCCCCAGGCCUCAGAGUUUCAGCCAUGGCUUCCUCUGACUCUUCUCCUGCUGAUCCCUUUGCUGUUCUCUUCGUCUGUCUCGGAAAUAUAUGCAGAAGCCCAGCCGCUGAAGGUGUCUUCAGAGACAUUGUGAAGAAGAAGGAACUGUCAUCUAAAGUCAAAAUUGACUCUGCAGGGACAAUGGACUAUCACGAGGGUAAUCCAGCUGAUUCGAGAAUGAGGAGUGCUGCUAAGAAGCGUGGAAUAGAGAUAACGUCUAUCUCAAGACCUAUAAGGCCAUCGGACUUCAAGGAAUUUGAUUUGAUUCUUGCAAUGGAUAAACAAAACAGAGCUGACAUCUUGGAUGCCUACACUCGAUGGAAACAGAGGGAAUCCCUCCCUCCAAAUGCCACUGACAAGGUGAAACUGAUGUGCUCCUUUUGUAAGAAACACAAGGAAACAGAGGUUCCUGAUCCUUAUUAUGGUGGACCUCAAGGGUUUGAGCAGGUUUUGGAUAUACUUGAAGAUGCUUGUGAAACAUUGCUACACACCAUUCUUGCUGAGAAUAAGCAUAUUGCCAGCCCCAGUCAAUAGAUAUUUGGAUUUUGUCUAUCAUCUCGUGUACAUGUUAAUAGGAAAUUAAACCUAUAACAGAUUAUGAUUUUUCAUUUCAUCUUGCAGUGUGGCCAAAUUUAAUGCAUUGGAAGCUUGUUUAAUGUGGACUA